AGUGGGUGAAAAACUGAGAAUGUUCACGACGGCAGAUAUCAAAAAAGUGGAAGCAGAAUGUCUGCAGAAAAUUCAGGAAGCCGAAUUGUAUCGUUUGCGAAAUGAAGCUAAGCUACGCGCGGUUAACACGUCCAGGGAUUACGACGAGUUCAAGGAUAUUGUUGCUGCGGCGCACUUGAAUCCGAUAACAUCGAGAGACAAGCAGGAUGCAAAGACUAAGCGGAGAAUAUGGAACACCGUUUCACCGAAUUGAAGUCAUAAAUUUUGUAGUUUUAUCCUUGGAAUAAAAAUAACUCAAUAUUGGUCAAAUUA